AUGACAUUAACGCCACGACCAUCUGUUCUCAUCCUGGAUCUCUCGCAGGAGCAAUUCUUGUACUCUUGUUAUGCCCAACUAAUGAACUCCAUGGGAGCUUGUGCGACUGUGACCCAGGUCGAAACAAAGGGAGAGUUUGCAAGAGAAAUGAAGCUUUCACCACCAACCAUUGUCAUCGCCAUUGACGCAGGAAUUUCGGAGCCAGAAAACGCUGUUGUACUUCAGCGUCUGCUCCAGUACACGAGGGAAGGUGGCACCACCGUUUGUUGCUGCAAUUUCAGCGGUGCCAUCCACAACGCCCGGGUGAAAACUUUUUUCGCCACUUGGGGCCUUCCAUGGGAUCUAGGGUCGUAUUUCCGGACAACCGUUCACCUGAAUCACGCUGCAACUGGUGUGCAGUUGGACGGUCUGCCGGAAUAUUACAGUCUCAAGUCAAUGACGUUGUUGAACGUUGCUAGAAGCCACAGAAUUUACACGCCAUCAUCGACUUCGCAUGUCGAAUCCAACGUAUUUGGACCCAACGAAAUCCCCAUUGAUGUUAACGAAUGCCCCUGCGCGUAUGGGCCCGUGGGACAAGGUUGGCUUGGCUACGUUGGAGAUGUUAACAACGAAGACGGAAGCACGCGAGUCGUCACGGCUAUGACUCGUUGCUUGCCACAGAGCGCAGUGGUACCAGACAAAAGUGACAGAACGUAUUCCUUUUUUCUUUCAGCUGAAGGGCGACCCACCAAGGUGCAAGGAGCGCAACACCCAAAUAAACCCGUAAUGUUCACAGAUACGAUAAGGCAGGCAGGUCAUGCUGAAUAUAUCACCGGCCACAGGCGAGGUCGUGCAGGAGAACGGUCGGGGACUCCACAAAUCUCUCAGGCAGAAGGACAAAAGUCAACAUCAUCUACAGCUGCAUCGCCUCAGUCUGGAAACCACAGACGCUGUCCACCCCGCCCUCGCGAAGAUGAAGUGGAAACUAGAGCUGCAAAGCGAGCUGUGAUGUCAAAACAAAAAUCGGAGCAAGCAAAAACGUUCAAGGAACAGGGAAACGCUUAUUUUCGACAAGGAAAAUAUGAACGCGCUAUUCAGUACUACCAAAAAGCCAUCAGUGUUCAUGGACCACGACCUACGUAUUAUGCCAAUGUCGCUGCAGCAUGGCUGAAGCUUGGUUUCUAUCAACAGGCAGAGGAGGCUUCCUCUGAGGCCCUGGAGUACGAUCCCAAAUGCAUCAAAGCUCGCUAUCGCCGAGGAGUCGCUCGUCGCAGCAUGUUUGCAUUCAAGUCGGCCAUAGAAGGCAGAGCCUGUGCCAAACUUGCCCCACAUGAUCCUCAAUUCGAAAAGGAGAUAGAACAGACUCGAAAAGAGAGUGAUCAACGUCGCGCUGCGGGUAUCCCAGAUCAAUUUGAGGAAGAACCACAAUAUCUCAGCGACGAUAACGACGACGAUUGCCCAUUCUUUGACCCGCCUCUGGACUUCCCAGAGCAGCCGGUCCAGUCAGAUUCUGAUUCGAGUGAUUAUGAGCAUGAGGGAAACGGCGAACCUUGCCGGGCGUAUAAUCACGAGGGACGUAGCCUGCGUUCUAACUGUGUCUUCAAACAUGGGCCUGAAGACGAUACGACGCGGGACCAGCUAGGCCGUAAUGUAUGCCUUGUCGAUAGCUGUACUUCUGGGAGUUCCUGUGCGUAUGCACAUUCGAAGGAAUACUUACUGGAAGCGGGGUGGUGGAACGAGAAGGGCAUGCUUGAGGCCAUGGAACUCAUACGGGAUUACAGGAACAUGACACCGGAAGAAAUGUACAGGUUCGAGAAUAGGAUAUAAGAUGAGACUUCUUCCCUUCAUUCCGAGUAAGGUGUGUGGUUAUAGCGAAUACGAAG